AUGUCCAGGAGCCGGUCUCGGAGCCGGUCUCGGUCCCCCACGUUCGCUGACCCCGAGGGGCGGCAUCCCCCUCCCGCUACCACUGGGGGGCGCGCCCCCCGCGGGGCGAAUCUGAACCCGGGGCCCGCGGGGCCCGGCGCGCAGCGCUUUGUUCCCGGCGGAGGCGGCGCUUCCCCGCCCGGAGGUGGGCCCGAGCCCCGCGCCGAGCUGGCGCCGCGGCCCGCGGCCUGGGGACGCAGCCCGGCGGGCGGAAGCUGGGAGCGGGCCGGGCGGGUCCCGGGGAAGGCGUGUCCGGUCCGGGCGGCCGCGGCCGAGCGGGGACCCCACGCGCCCGCCCCGCGCUCCCCGGGAACCGACCGGACUGGGGAGGUGGGCGGCGUGACCCAGCGGGGCCGGCCCGGCCGCCCGCGUUUCAUCCGCGCGGAGGCUCGGGAUCCGCCAGGCCUCUCCCAUGUCUCGGCCCCAGCUCUCCCGGAGAUGCCAGGGGUCCUGUGGGAGGACCCGGGCGGAGUUGGUGUGGAUGACUACAGCUCAGAGUCUGAUGUGAUUAUUGUACCUUCAGCCCUGGACUUUGUCUCACAAGAUGAAAUGUUGACGCCGCUGGGGAGGUUGGACAAGUAUGCUGCGAGCGACAACGUGUUUAACAGACAAAUGGUGGCCCGGAGUUUGCUGGAUACACUGAGGGAAGUCUGCGAUGAUGAAAGAGAUUGUAUUGCCGUUUUGGAAAGAAUUAGCAGAUUAGCUGAUGACUCAGAACCAACAGUGAGAGCGGAGCUGAUGGAGCAGGUGCCCCACAUCGCCUUGUUCUGUCAAGAAAACCGGCCCGCCAUCCCCUAUGCUUUCUCCAAAUACCUGCUGCCUAUCGUGGUGAGGUACCUGGCAGAUCAGAAUAACCAGGUGAGGAAGACCAGCCAGGCGGCCCUGCUGGCUCUGCUGGAGCAGGAGCUGAUUGAACGGUUCGACGUGGAGACCAAAGUGUGCCCCGUCCUCGUGGGGCUGACCGCCCCCGACAGCACCGACGACGUGAAGACGGAAGCGGUGGCCAUAAUGUGCAGAAUGGCCCCCAUGGUUGGGAAGGACAUCACCGAGCGCCUUAUCCUCCCCAGGUUCUGUGAGAUGUGCUGUGACUGCAGAAUGUUUCACGUUCGAAAGGUGUGUGCUGCCAACUUUGGAGACAUUUGCAGCGUAGUUGGCCAGCAGGCUACUGAGGAAAUGUUGCUGCCUAGGUUUUUCCAGCUUUGCUCUGAUAACGUGUGGGGCGUCCGGAAGGCCUGUGCCGAGUGCUUCAUGGCAGUUUCCUGUGCAACGUGUCAAGAAAUCCGACGGACUAAAUUAUCCGCACUGUUUAUUAAUUUGAUCAGUGAUCCUUCACGUUGGGUUCGCCAGGCAGCUUUUCAGUCUCUGGGACCUUUCAUAUCUACUUUUGCUAAUCCAUCUAGCUCAGGCCAGUACUUUAAAGAAGAAAGCAAAAGUUCAGAUGAUGCAUCAGUAGAAGAGAAAAAUAGGACCAGAGACCAGGAAGCCCCCGAGGAUGUCCAGAUCAGGCCGGAGGACGCCCCCGCGGAGCCAGCCACUGGUCCUCCCCGUGUUGAACUGGAAGGCACGCCGGAAGACGGUGCUGAAAGCCCUUGGAGACCUCCUGGCGAAGGAGCCGCUCUGGUGGGCAGCUCUGUGCUCUGUGCUUGGUCCUCAGAGCCCCCCCAGGAGGCGGCCGGCGACGAGAAGGACAGAAAGCCUGGGCAUGGCCGGUCUGCAUCACGGUUGGAGGAGCCAGGCCUCCUGGACCAGGAGUACAACUCCUUCCAUUUCUGGAGGACUCCUCUUCCCGAAAUAGAUCUUGACGUGGAGCUGGGGCAGGGCUCUGGGAGCCCCCUCGGCCCGGAGGGCCCGGGAGCAGCGCCCCAAGUCUCCGUGCCUGGCUCUGCGAGCCUCACCAUGGCCACCAGGAAGGAGCUGGAGGAGCUGAUCGAGAACCUGGAGCCGCACGUCGACGACCCGGACGUCAGAGCGCAGGUGGACGUGCUGGCCGCCGCCCUGCGCGCCUCCAGCCUGGAUGCCUCCUCCGUGCCUUUGAUCAGCGAUGCUGUUGAGGACGUGGACUCCGCCCUCUGCUACAUGCGCCACGAUCCGGACUUGGGCAGCGACGGCGGUUUCAGCCCCGACGAGGAGAGGAGACCCAGAGUCCAGGAUGUGGUACCUCAGGCUCUGCUGGACCAGUACCUGUCCAUGACCGACCCCUCCCGGGCCCAGACAGUCGACACGGAGAUCGCCAAGCACUGCGCCUACAGCCUGCCGGGCGUGGCCCUGACCCUGGGCCGGCAGAACUGGCACUGCCUGCGGGAGACCUACGAGACGCUGGCCUCGGACAUGCAGUGGAAGGUUCGGAGAACCCUGGCCUUCUCCAUCCACGAGCUCGCCGUCAUCCUGGGGGAUCAGCUGACGGCAGCAGAUCUGGUUCCAAUUUUCAAUGGAUUCUUGAAAGACCUCGAUGAAGUCAGGAUAGGUGUCCUGAAACACCUGCAUGAUUUUCUAAAGCUCCUUCAUGUUGACAAGAGACGAGAGUACCUGUACCAGCUGCAGGAGUUUCUGGUGACGGACAACAGCAGGAACUGGCGCUUCCGGGCGGAGCUGGCUGAGCAGCUGAUCUUGCUCCUGGAGCUGUACAGCCCCAGGGACGUCUAUGACUACCUGCGCCCCAUCGCCCUGAGCCUGUGCGCGGACAAGGUCUCCUCUGUCCGCUGGAUCUCCUACAAGCUGGUCAGCGAAAUGGUGCGGAAGCUGCACCGCGCGGCGCCGCCCUCCUUUGGGGUGGACCUGAUCCAUGAGCUGGUGGAGAACUUCGGCCGCUGCCCACGCUGGUCCGGGCGCCAGGCCUUCGUCUUCGUCUGCCAGACGGUCAUCGAGGACGACUGCCUCCCCAUGGACCAGUUUGCGCUGCACCUCAUGCCGCACCUGCUGACCUUGGCCAACGACAGAGUCCCCAACGUUCGAGUGCUGCUCGCCAAGACGCUAAGACAGACUCUACUAGAAAAAGAGUACUUCUCGGCCUCGGCCAGCUGCCACCAGGAGGCGGUGGAGCAGACCAUCGUGGCCCUGCAGAUGGACCGCGACAGUGAUGUCAAGUACUUCGCCAGCACCCACCCUGCUGGCACCAGGAUCUCCGAAGACGCCUUGAGCACGGCCUCCUCCACCUACUAGUCGCCGCGGCCGCGGGUCCCGCUGCCCCGGUCUCCAGGGGCCGGGUGCCUGGACGUCGGUGGCCAGGCUCGGUGUGUCCUGGAAGCUCGGAGGAGGCGACCCUGACCCACAGGAGAAGAGCGGCGUCCCGGGCUCCAGAUGCACGUGCUGCUUUCCGUGGGCGGGAGCGUCUGCUGUGAGCCGAGGAGGAGGAGUAGGAAGCCCACAGCAGCCCUGAGGUGACACUCCUCCCAUUCAGACCAGGGCUGGAGGAGAGCGGAGACAGCUGUCCCCGGCCUCCGUCCUGUGAGCACGCGGAGAGCGCGGCCUGGGAGGGUGCGCACAGAGGGACGUUCCCCAGUGGCCUGUGCAGGUCAGGCC